AUGGCUGCCAAUUAUAAGAAAUACCUUGCCGAGAAGGUUCUUAAUGAACAGGAUAUUGUCACCCAUCGUGCACUGAGCAGAGCUUUAAAAGUCCAUUCCAACUUGGCCAAACGUGUUGAGCCUACUCGCCUCCAAGAUUUGAAUGUUCUAGGCGAUGUUGGACAUGAUAUAAUGCAGCCUCAGCCAAACGAUCCUCUCGAAUACGGUAAACAAUACGGCAUGAUCCUCAAUAGAAACGUCAAGGCUGAACACAGUGGGCCUGAAGAUGUUGUUCUCGAUGAUGCAUCGGAAGAAGAGCGAGAAGACUUAUUCCUCGAUACGGGGACAAGAAGAAUCAACUCGAAGCGCGAGUCAAGGAAGGAGAGAGAAGAAAAGCUUCGGAAAAUGAUGGAAGAUGAGGAUAUGGAAGAUGUGCCAGAAGAUGUGCCAGAACUACUGCCCGCGAGUGCACCAGAACGUACAGACACCUCGCAAUCCGAAGAAGUACCGAAGGCUGAAUCUAAAGAGGAAGCAAGCGCUCCAAAGGGCCGAAGGAGAGGGAGACGACAAGUGAUGAAAAAGACAACGAUAAAAGAUGCAGAAGGAUAUCUCGUCACGAAAGAAGAACCUGUCUGGGAAUCGUUUUCCGAGGACGAAGCGCCACCACCUGUGAAAAGAAAACCAGCUGUUUCAGUGAACCCAAAGCCUACUUCUAGUAACAAGGGAAGCCAGAAGACGGGCCAGGGCAACAUUAUGUCAGCUCGGAUCACCGGAUUUGAACCCGUGCCGACUAUUUUCGGGCCGAAACCCAUGCUGGUUCAACGCUCAGCCGUGACCGAAACGGAGAUGAGUUUUUUGCAACCGCGUUUCCAGCGUCGUGAACCACAAGCCCCGAGAGCUUCCAAGGUUGGAGCCGAUCGGCACGUGAUCCAGGAUAUGAGAGCUCUUCCAUGGACAGCUGCAGUGCUUGCGGCUCUCGUGUCCAACGGUGCGCUAGCUGGAUCUAGCCAUCCGGACGAUGCUGCAUCGCUAGCAGCCGCUUGCCCUGACUACAGCGAGUACUCCAAGCUUAAACAUCCCCCAUACUCCGAAGGUCCUCUACAGCUUCCCUUCCAACGACCUGUUCUGCCAUGUCGAACCUUCACAUCGACGUUCAUUGAAAAGGUCAUCGAGGACGUGACUUCCCGCAUGGUUGACAAGGAUCUUGCCCAACUCUUUCGGAAUGCAUAUCCAAACACCGCAGAUACCACUGUCCGAUGGCAUGUGGACUCAAGUGACCCUCGAUCGAAGAUAUUGACACAAUAUCCACAGAGUGAAUCCUGGCAGGGACCGCAGUCUUUCAUUGUCACUGGCGAUAUCAAUGCGGAGUGGCUGCGCGACUCGGCAAACCAAGUCGCGGGGUAUCAAAUGCUCGCUGCAAAGGAUCCCAAGAUCAAAACUCUUAUCUUGGGCGCCAUCAAUACUCAGGUUGAAUUCGUCCUCCAGUCUCCGUACUGCAAUGCGUUCCAGCCUCCCCCUCCAAGUGGCCUCCUCCACACCAUUCCUCAAACCCAGAGCGACAUCGUUCAUCCGGCUUACGAACAGUCCGUUGUCUUCGAAUGUAAAUACGAGCUCGAUUCCCUAGCCAAUUUCCUCGCGAUAGGAAACAAGUUCUUCGCGGAAACGAAAUCCACGGAGUUUGUCACAACCAGAUGGUAUCGGGCUGUGCUUACCGUUCUUCAGGUUAUUGAGGAACAAUCAAAACCCACUUUUGACGAUCAAGGCGAAUAUGUCCGCAACACGUACACAUUCAAACGCUUGACGACCCUAGGAACCGAAACUUUGAACUUGGACGGGGUCGGGAAUCCUUUGAACAAUGGGACGGGCCUUGUUCGCAGCGCCUUCCGCCCCAGCGAUGACGCCACUAUUUUCGGUUACUUUAUCCCUGCCAACGCUUAUUUAUCCGUGGAGCUGAAGCGGACAGCCUUAACCAUCAAAGCCGCCGGUGGACCCGACAGCCUCAUCCAGACUCUAGAGCAGAGAGCAAGCAUCGUCGAGAAAGGCAUCCGCGAUCAUGGCAUUGUUAGCCACAAGAAAUUCGGUGAGGUUUACGCCUUCGAGGUGGACGGAUAUGGCUCGAGGUUGUUAAUGGACGAUGCCAAUCUCCCUUCCCUCCUAUCUUUGCCUCUCCUUGGCUUCGUCGACAAGGACGAUGAAGUUUACCAGAACACGCGCAAGAUGCUUUUGACCAAAACGGGGAAUCCGUACUAUCUGACCGGUACCCAGUUCCACGGUAUCGGCGGUCCUCACGCCGGCCUCAGCAACGCCUGGCCCAUGUCCGUCCUCGUCCGUGCCCGCACAUCCGAUGACGACGAGGAGAUCAUGGAAUCCAUCAACAUGGUCCGCAACGCCAGUCUUCUCGGUCUGAUCCAUGAAUCCGUCGACGUUGACAAUAUCCGCGUGUAUACGCGCAGCUGGUUCGCGUGGGCAAAUAGCGUCUUCGCGCAGACCAUCCUGGAACUUGCGGAGAGAAAACCAUAUCUCCUCUUCGGGAAGGGGGCAUCGCCGUAUAAAGCUGGGGAGUGAUAUGCGGGAAUGGUGGAUCGGUGCGGUUAGUAGGUAGAUGGAGAUUUUUUGUUUUGUUCCUUAUUUAUGGAUAUCACCUCUUGCUGAUUUGAGCGCAGUUAAUAUUUGGGCAAAGGGAGACCACACUCCUUUGCUUUUGCAUGAAUAUUUACUUUUUCUUUGUUUUGUUGGCGUUCUUCCGGGUGUUGCUUCUUUUUAUUUUAUUUUAUUUUUUUAAUAAAAAAUUGCAAUAUAUAAUAAGGUUACCCUAAUAAGUUAGUAAAUAAUGUGCUGCUAUGUGGAAUCAUGACGGGGAUUGUUUUGGCCUAGGCUUCACCCGAUGUGCCAGAGGUACUCUAGCAAUGUUUGAGUGAAAAAGAAAUAAAUGGAAAAUCAUUUACCGCCAUGUUGCGGAAUAUCG